AUGCCAAAGAAUGCACUGGUGACGCUCAAGUACGGGCCGUACAGGAGCUGCGGUGUGGUGGAACACAGGACAUUCCACCUUGAGGGCUUGCAAGCUGUGUUGAAAGCAGAUGGACAUCAGAUAAUUCUUGAAAAAAGUCCAGAUUGGAAUGAUGUGCAGCUCAUAGUGAAUGGAGAGAUAGUCUUUCAGUGUAACAUCAAUGACUUGGAUUUCGGAGGUGACGGUCAGUUGGACCCACUUUGCCAAGAAGCUAGAGAAGCAGUGUUAAAAGCCUACUGA